UUGAUUGUUGUGUGUUUAUACCUGAUUUUAGUAAUUUUGUAUAUAUUUCUAGACUUGUGGAUUUUGAAUAGAUUAAAAAAAAUUAAUGCAAGAGUAUAAUUCAUCUAUAAAAAGAAAAUUUCUUAUUUGUAACUACCUAAACUAGUAUUUUAAAAGGUUUUAAAGUUUAUGUUUGCAGUUUGAAAUUUCAGUACCAAGAUGAUGAAUUAUAGUUCUAGAUUAUCUACUCCAAGAUAUGAAAAGAUUAACAAAGAAGUGCAGAAGGUUCCAAGUGAAUGGAAAAAAAAAGUCAAAUCAGAGUACAUGAAACUACGGCAGUUAAAACGCUUCAGAAGAAAUGAUGAAAUCAAGUCUGCAUAUCUUGCAAACCGAAGGUACAUCUCUGAGAAAGUUAUCCUGAUGGAAAAUUAUUAUCAAGAAACUAAUGCAAUUUCAGUAUUUCCUACUGAUUUACCUGAUCAUUAUCCAGUUAUGAAGAAGUGUGAAGUUAGGCAACAGGAUGGUGUUGUCCAGUCCACACCUCUCCGUAUUAUGUAUGCAGUGACUCCAAUCCCUACCAUGUAUACCUGGGCUCCAAUUCAGCAAAAUUUCAUGGUUGAAGAUGAAACUGUUUUGCACAAUAUUCCUUAUAUGGGAGAUGAAGUUCUUGAUCAAGAUGGUUCCUUUAUUGAAGAACUUCUGAAAAAUUAUGAUGGGAAAGUUCAUGGUGACAGAGAGUGUGGUUUUAUAAAUGACGAUAUAUUUGUAGAUUUAGUGCAGACGUUAGCCAACCAGUUAGAUCCUAAAGGAAUAAAAUUCGACUCAGAUGAAGGUUAUGAAAAAUCUUCUCCAGGUCGUAACAAGAAAUGUGGUCGAUCACCACCAUGGAAUGUUCCAACUACCACUCAUCAUGAGAAAUCCUCAGCUCCAGAACAGCAUGACAUUAUUUUUGCUGCCAUUUCAGCAGUAUUUCCAGAUAAAGGAUCUCCAGAGCAAUUAAAACAAAGGUAUAGAGACUUGGUGGACAAGAAAGACAACACAUCAACUCUGCCUGAAUGCACUCCAAAUAUGGAUGGGCCCGGAGCUCAGUCUGUGAUAAGGGAACAAAGCAUGCAUUCUUUUCACACAUUAUUUUGCCGCCGGUGUUUCAAAUAUGAUUGUUUUCUUCACCCUUUUCAUCCAUCUCCAAGCCAAUUUAAACAUAAAAUUUGUGAUAUGAAACCAGAUUCAACACCAUGUGGUUACCAGUGUUACCUUCAUUUGGAUCUCGUUCAAGAAAAACUUCGUGAAAAGCAACGGGAAGAAAAAGAACUCAACGAGCGACUUAAAAUGAUGAAGCAGACGUCUGUAGACAGUGGUAAUGAUGCUAGCAGUGAAGACAGUAAUGAUAGUCUGAGAAGUUCUCGGAAGAGAGUAAUUCCUGAAAGAGAGAACAAUGAAGGAAAUUUUAAUGUUGUCAACCACACCAUCUCUAGCAAGCUCAAUCUAAAAGAUUUAGAGACAACUUGGACUGGUGCUGAGCAAUCCUUAUUUAGAGUUUUGUGGAAAGUGUUUGUGGGUAAUUAUUGUGCAAUAGCACAAAUGUUAACUGCAAAGACUUGUGCUCAGACAUACGCUUUUGCUCAAAAAGAACUUGCAGAUUAUCAUCCAGAAGAGCUUUAUACACUUGAUAACACUCCUCCUCGAAAGAAGAAGAAGAAACAAAGGUUGUGGUCCAUGCAUUGCCGGAAGAUCCAGCUGAAAAAAGAUUCUUCGUCAAACCAUGUUUAUAAUUAUAGCCCGUGUGAUCAUCCAGGACAUCCAUGUGAUUUAUCCUGUCCCUGUGUAAUGGCUCAGAACUUUUGCGAAAAGUUUUGUCAUUGCAAUUCUGAAUGUGUGCAGAGAUUUCCUGGCUGCCGGUGUAAAGCACAGUGUAAUACAAAGCAGUGUCCAUGUUACCUGGCUGUGAGAGAAUGUGAUCCUGAUCUCUGUCAGACAUGUGGUUCUGAUCAGUUUGAUGUGCGUAACAUAUCUUGCAGAAAUGUCAGUGUACAGCGGGGCCUUAGAAAGCAUCUUCUGUUAGCUCCUUCAGAUGUUGCAGGGUGGGGUAUUUUCUUAAAGGAUACAGCUCAAAAGAAUGAAUUUAUUUCAGAAUACUGUGGAGAAAUUAUUUCACAAGAUGAAGCUGAUAGAAGAGGAAAGGUGUAUGACAAAUAUAUGUGCAGUUUCCUUUUCAACUUAAAUAAUGAUUUUGUGGUUGAUGCUACUCGUAAAGGUAACAAGAUUCGAUUUGCAAAUCAUUCCAUUAAUCCUAAUUGCUAUGCCAAAGUUAUGAUGGUGAAUGGAGAUCAUCGCAUUGGUAUUUUUGCAAAGAGAGCUAUUCAGACUGGAGAAGAGUUGUUCUUUGAUUAUAGGUAUGGACCAACUGAACAGCUGAAAUUUGUUGGAAUAGAAAGAGAAUGUGAAUUUCCGUAAAAAUUCUAAAUGUAAAGUGUUUAGUAGUAAUGUAAUCUUUUUUAUAUAGGUUAUAUAUUGUCACAUUUUAUUUCUUUUAUAUUUUCUUAAAAAAAGAGGGAAUUCCUUUUUCAGCUUGUACAUCAAAUAUAAUUAAAUUUUCAGCAAGUUGAUAAAUGCUUUAUGUAAAGCAAAAACCAAAUGAAGAGAGUUUAUGGUCAUCAAAUGAAUAAAAUAUUUUAUUGCUGUACACAAAAAUAUUGCUUAGUUGGCAUACUGCUAUGUAUAGUUGAAUGUCUGUCUAAAAAUUCAUGCUAUAUAAUAUAAUUCUCUUAAUAAUAGAGACUUAAAAAUAUGCUAUUAUGUAUGUUUUUACUAUUUCUUAUGCUCAGUAAUCAGCUUUAUGCAAAUAAAAUUAAAUUUGUGCUAAAA